AUGACGUCUGACCUAUCAAGACUCAACAAUUUAAAAUAAGAAUUCGAGCAAGAGCAAAAAUCUGCUGCCACAUAGCCAUGCAAAAAUCUUCUCAUGGUUACAUCAGCUGUCAUCGCCUAGACAGUGUCGCUUAAGAACCAAUUAAAAGAGGUGACUUUGAAGGUAGAAAGUUUCGUCAAUGAUGCAGACAGAAUUUGCAAGGGCAUCAUAUCAACUCUUGAAGCCAAGUACUAGGAAUAUGCUAAAAUUACCAAAUUUUAUCCUGAGCAGAAGCAGGGCAUUCUUCUUGAUAUCAAGGACUACACUGAUAAGUCUGUGUAUAAUGUGGAAUUACUUAGGAAGACAGUUUGUGAAUAUGAAGAGAGUCUAAUGAAGAUAAACAAGUGGCGCCAGCCUAAACUAGAACUCAGUAAGGGAGUCUAUUGCUUCAAUGAAAUCAUAGCAGCAGCCCAGGAUAUCAGACUUGCUAACUUCUCUAAUGCACUUGAGAAUAUCAACUCUGAUUUAUUCGCUCUUUAGCAGUUGGGUAGUAAAAACACUGAGAUACUCAAGCUGAUUGUUGACAAAGAGAACUAUCUGUAGUUUGAAAAGGUAAAGACGUUUCCCAAAUAGCUUAACUUGGUAAUGACUCAUAAGAAUCGUAUUAUAUGCGAUGAUUUCGUCUACACCUUCAGAGACGACAGUAAAUUCGAAUUGAUUCAAGAUUUCUAGCAAACUGACAUUGCUUCAGGUCUAGUUCUGACUGAUGAUUUGCUGCUAUUAGGUCACAGUUUAUUUGCUAAGAUGAGUCUAUGGAAAUGGAAUGGAGAAUAGUAUAUCAAGCUAGUCAAGCAUUAGAUUGUUAAUAUAUCCAAGACUGUCGCUGAAUUCUCUAUUACAAUGCUAAGAAGAGACCCCUUCACUGACUUGAUUUGCUAGGUGUACGGUGUGUUUGGCUGCAAUCAAAUGUGCAGAGUAUUGAUAAAUGGCAGGAACAUGCGAGCCUCUGAGAAAUUUAACAUUUGCAAAAAGAAUCAUCUGAUUGUUGAUUAUAGACCUCUUCCUGAAAAGCAAAUAGCUGUGCUCUUCACACAUCAGUUCGUUGUCAUGGACCUAAAAACAAGGGCAAAGCUUGCUAAUGUCAAGUUCCAAACUUCUUAGAACACCCUUAUUAUGCCUUUGAAUUUCGACUUAGCUUUAUUGCCAGUGAUUAUAACUAGAGACUUGAAAGGAAAAUACCAGGUUUCAGAUGUAAUGAAUAAGGGAUUUGUAGGUAUCAUGCCUGAGAGACUAUAGACUUUGCAAAUAAUAGCUCCAAUUAACGGUAUCAAAGAUGACAGAGUUGUAGUGCUAGCCAAUGAUGUGAGAAAUGCAGGCUAACUAAAUAAAAAACCAAUCAUCUAAUUACACGCCAUGGCAAGAGGAAGACCUAAGAAGAUAGAUAUGAUGAAGAUAGAGUCUGAGAUCUAGACUCCAACAAUUGCUCCAACUAAUGAUUAGUAAUGCAACUUUUUCAUCUAGAAGUUGAAUGAAUCAGUCAAUGAAGUCAAUAAACUCAAAGAGUUGAAACUGAUAAUUAAUUAGAAACUCGACAAGUUUUGUGAUAACGCUUAGAUCCAGACUCAAUAUAUGGUCUGCAGAUUAGAGGAUAAAAUGCGCUCCACCAUGAGGUCAGAAGGAGGAUCUAGCCAACAAACGCAAGAUGUCUACCAACUGGUUGGGGAGUAAAAUGGCUGUCUCGACUAGAUACAGCAGUAUAUCAAGUACUAUAAAACCCUUCUUGACAAUAUCAACCAAGUAAGCAUCCCAAAGGAUUUGUUCAGACGAGAAGUAUCAGCACAAAUAGUAGAAAGAGCCAAGGUAGACAAUCUACUUAAGUAUGAAAGUGAGGCAUUUGUACUGAGUGACAAUCUGUUUGCUCUGAAGCAGUUCAAUGUGGACUUUCUAGAUAUAUUUGGGGUGACUAAAAAUGAUGACGAUGGUGGAGUAUACUAAAUAUCUCUUUUAUAAACACUGCCAUAGAAAGUGUUCGUGGUCUUUAUGCAUGAUGACAGAAUAAUAUGCGAUGACAUAGUUUAUGCAGUCAGUGGUAAUGACGAGUUCGGCUAAAUCCAAAACCUCGGUUAAUAUGAUAUUUCACAUGGAUGCGCUCUCUAUGAGAACUUUAUGAUCUUGGGGCACAAGCAUUACACUAGGUUGAGCAUUUGGAAUUACAAUGGAGUGGGCUACCAAAUGGUUCAGAAGAAGAAGAUGCAUAGAUCUGGACCGUACGCUGACUUCUCUGUCACCAACAUCAAGAAAGACCUGCUCAGUGGGGAUCCCACUAUGAUAUUCUGCUGCAUGGGUAGGAAUAAUCUGUAUCGGAUUCAGAUUGACAUGAAUGACAUUUACCUCUGUAAGAAACAAAAGAUAGUCAAUAGAAGAUAGCAACUGGUAGACUACAAAGCAAUUGACAGCACUCAUAUGAUAGUGCUGUUUGCAAGUGAAGUGCUCCUGGUUGACUAUGUCAGCUCAGACACAAAAAGAGUGCUAUCUUUAAAAUCAGACUAGCUGUGCCUGGUAGUCCCUUAUAACUUCAACAUACAAAAUAUGCCAAUAAUUAUAGUCAAAAAUCCCAGUGGAUACGAGAUAGUAGAUAUAUAGACUCAAACAUCUCAAACGAUUCUGAGUUCCAAAAAUUUGACAGUGCUUAACACAUUCAACAUUGAUGGCGAUAAGCAGGAUGAGACAAUUGUUGUUGGAUUUAAUAAUCCCUUGCAGACUGAUUUUGGUCUGUUUCAAGUUAAAGUUAUGUGA